AUGAAAGAAUUACAAUGCUUGGAUAUGACAUAUUUAAUGGAACAACGAUUUCGAUAUACACAUAUUAGGGAUGAACUGGAAUUACCACAUCUUGCAAGUAAAUAUCGACGAAAAUGUGGGAAAUGUUUGAAAAUAUCUAAGGGUGAAUUGAGCGAAGAUUCGGACGAAGAGAAACAGGAUUCUGGAAGAGAUACGGAAAAUAGGAAUGUUACUCGAACUGAAGGUCAAGAAGAAUUGGAUGGUGAUACAUUGCAAAUGAUGGAUUCUGGAGAAGAUACAGAGGAUAAAGAUGAUGAUGUUGGUCAAACUGAAGCUGAAGAGGAACUUAUUGCUGGUACAUCACAAAUGAUAGAUUCUGAAAGAAUUGAUCAAAGAAUAUCUGGAAGCCAAGGGAAGAAAAAGAAGCCAAGAAGGAAGAAGAAAAAAUGUAAAGAUUUAGAUGUCCUGAAACGUUUUUGGUUUAAACGUGAAUAUAGUCCGCCACCAAAAGAUGAAUUGGAAGGACAUUUAAAUGAAUUACGAAUACGAACACGAAAAGAAAUACAUACAUUAAUAUUUCUCACUACUGCUUCCGUAAGUAUUUCAUUCAUUUUGUGA